AUGUUUGCCUCGGCCCUUUGGCAGCGUGCUCCGCGUAUCGUGCGCAGCGCUCUCUCGACACAGCCCCGACUUGGGGGGCCAAGCGGCGUCUUCGUCAUGCCGUGUCGCAAGGUUGUCGUGGAAUACUGUGAAAAAAGCAUCGCAAGCAAAGGUACACGCGACUUUCUGUUGCAGCAUGCCGCCUCGCUGGCGCACGCGAACCCUUCCGUUGAGUUUGUCAUUAUACCACGCCCACAGCGCGCACCUGUCCUGCGUGGCUUUUAUUUGAACGGCCGAACCAAGGUGAUCUCGACACACAACAUGCAGGCUACACAGAUCAUGCCCAAGAUGCAGCUCAUACUUGACUCGAGUGGCGCCAAGACGCACCGCCUGAAGCGCACGCCGGUAGCUAGCACGAGUGAGUCGGCUCGUGGCAUUUGGAGUCCUAUGCAUGACGAUCUACCACAACAUUAG